AUGGCAAAAAUCCAGAAGCGCGAAGCAUUGUUGGAUGAUAUGGCUGCCAUACUUGAUAUGACUGGAGUAUAUCUCGUGGAGCCCCUAAAAAGGGAGGUUUUGGCAGCUAAGGUUGACCAAUUGAGUAGCAGAUCAAUAGCACCUGUUUGUGAGAUUUGUGAAGUGCAAGGUCACUCAUUUAAUGAGUGUCAAUACAAUACCAUGGGAGCGAGCAGGAGGGUAACUGAGCAAAAGAACACUGCAAAAGAGGUUAUAGAGUUGAGUGAGGAAGUUCAAGGGAAGACGGGUUUGGAAGAGGAAGCUAAGGAGACUGAGAAAAAGGAACCUAUUGUCACACCUAUUGCACCAUACAAGCCACCUGUUCCAUUCCCUCAAAGAUUGGCACAAGCAAAGCUAGAGAAGAAGUAUGGGAAGUUCCUUGAUAUUUUGAAGAAGUUGCACAUUAACAUCCCUUUCUUGGAUGCUAUCUCAGAGAUGCCUUCUUAUAACAAGCUUCCAAAGAAGCUAGGAGAUCCAGGCAGUUAUUCUAUUCCUGUUAAGCUUGGUGAUAUUGAGAUCAAGAAUGCCUUAUGUGAUCUUGGGGCAAGUGUCAGUCUCAUGCCCUUGUCAAUCUGCAAGAAGCUCAAUAUGGGUGGAAACCCACACGCAUCUCCUUACAACUAG